GGGCUCCGUCCCCCAUUGCCCAGGCAAGCCGGGGCUCCACGGUUAGCGGUACCUGCCGAUCAAAAAAUACAGCAGAGAUAUACACUAUCGCGUCGCUUCCUCUCUGCCCGGUGCCCACAGCGAGCGCCUUCUGUAUACACAAAAUCCACCUGCCUGCCCGCCUGUCCUCGCGCCUGCUCGCCAGCCCUCGCCCGACUCCCCGUCCAUAUAAAUACCUCGCCCCAACCCCAAUCCUCUUCUCUCCUCCAAUUGCUCCCCUGCAUCCCAUUCGCAAGCAUCCUUUGCUGUUCCGCUGCUUCGUUGUCUGUCUCCAUUAAUCUGCCUGUACCUACCUAAUCACAUAGACCGGAGAAUCGCAUUCAUCGCUUCAGCGAACCUCAGCUUCAGCCUCAGCUCCACCAUCCACACCCGCGUCUGUCUGUGACAGCCACCAUGGCCCCUCCUCAGACCGUUUACCUGCUGCCUCUUACCGAUGGCGGUGCACCCGAUGUCCCUGGCACCUACAUCUACCUGCCGGCUCCCACCGACCCGGCGUACAUCGUGAGGUUUGCCAUUGAGGGCACCAGCUCCAUCUGCCGAGAGGGCAGCCUCUGGGUGAACAUCCCCGCCAAGGGCGAGACAUUUCAGCGGGACAACUUCAGAGAAUACAAGCUCCGUCCUGACUUCAAUGGCACCAUUGAAAUUGACUGUCCCAUCCAUUACGCUGGCGCCUUUGCAUACUACUGCACCUUUACACCUCUGCCAAACUUCUCGACUUCGGAUUCCGCGGCAUCCCAGCCUGCCAGGACGCCGACAUACUAUAUUGAUGUCGAACCGAAUUUGAAGCUUCAGGACACCAGGAUCCCGCUCGAUUCUCUGUCCAUAUUCUCGGUCAUCUCAAAGUUUAUGGGCGAAUACCCCAAAAACUGGGACAACCACCUUCGUGGAAUCAGCCAACGUGGAUACAACAUGGUCCACUUCACACCACUAAUGAUGCGAGGAGACUCCAAUUCUCCGUACAGUCUCUACGACCAGCACCAAUUCGACCAGGCUCUGUUCCCCCGCGGCGAGCAGGACAUUGCUGACUUGGUUCACAAGAUGGAGAAAGAAUUCAACUUGUUCUCGUUGACAGAUGUUGUCUGGAACCACACUGCCAACAACAGCAAGUGGCUCGAAGAGCACCCCGAGGCUGGUUACAACUUGGAGACGGCACCCUGGCUCGAGUCUGCCUUGGCUCUCGACGAUGCUCUGCUCAAGCUCAGCAAUGACCUCCAAGAACUGGGCCUGCCGACGACAUUGCACAACACUGACGAAUUGACCAAAAUCAUGGAUGCCGUCAAGACCAAGGUCAUUGCUGGUAUCCGUCUUUGGGAAUACUACGUCCUUGACUGUGAACGCGACGCCACGGACAUUGUCAAGGCGUGGAAGGAAGGAGAAGUCACGUUCCCUGAUGAUGGCUUCGGCAAGCGCGGUGUUAGCGGUCUGCAGGAGGUCCAAGGCUGGCCUUUGAAGCAAAAGGCGGAUUGGCUCCUCAAAUACGCACUCCUUGGAAACGACAGACUUGGUGAGAGAUUCCGACGCAGGGUGGACCCCAUGACUGCUGCAGCUCUCCUGAGUGCGCUUUUUGGUCGCUACGAUAGCCGGACCAAUGACACAGGUGACGAGCGCGCCGCCUACGGUACCAUAUACAAGUUCGUGCAAGAACUCAACCUUCAGUUCUACCGGGAAUACGAUGCCGAGGUCGCCGUCAUCAUGGAUCAGCUCUACAACCGCAUUAAGUAUGUUCGCCUGGACGAUCAUGGCCCUAAGCUUGGGCCUAUCACCAAGGACGUGCCCUUGAUCGAGAGCUACUUCACCAGAUUGCCGGACAAUGCCACAACCAAGCAGCACAGCAAGCGAUCCCUCGCUCUCGCUAACAAUGGUUGGAUUUGGGCUGCCGAUGCUAUGAAGGACAAUGCCGGCUCUCAGUCUCGGGCUUACCUCCGGCGUGAGGUCAUCGUCUGGGGUGACUGUGUCAAGCUUCGGUAUGGCAGUGGGCCGCAAGACAACCCUUUCCUAUGGGACUUUAUGGCCAAGUACACUCGCCUGAUGGCGAAGUAUUUUGCCGGGUUCCGUAUCGACAACUGCCACUCCACCCCUAUCCAUCUCGCCGAAUACAUGCUGGACGAGGCGCGCAAAAUUCGCCCUAAUCUCGUCAUUGGUGCUGAACUUUUCACUGGUUCUGAAGAAAUGGACUUUGUUUUCUGCAAGCGCCUAGGCAUCAGUUUCCUGAUCCGAGAGGCCAUGCAAGCCUGGAGUACUCAAGAGCUGAGUCGACUGGUUCACCGUCAUGCUGGAAUCCCCAUCGGCAGCUUCGAGUUGGACGAAGUUAUGAACGCGGAUAUCUCCGCUGAUCAGCCACACGAAGUUGUCCGGGUAAUCAGGAAAAGUCCCGUUCACGCCCUGUUCAUGGACUGCACACACGACAACGAGGUACCCGCCCAGAAGCGCGAUGCCCGGGACACCUUGCCGAAUGCUGCACUCGUUGCCAUGUGCGCCUGCGCAACCGGUAGUGUGAUGGGCUACGAUGAGAUCUACCCGAAGCUCAUUGAGCUGGUUCAUGAGACGAGGCUCUACGAGUCUCCUUACUCCAGCGGAAGUGAGCUCAAGGUCCAAGCUUCUGAGGGUGGCAUCGGUGGAAUCAAAAAGCUUCUCAACCAGAUUCAUACGCUCAUGGGCCAAGAGAACUACGACGAGACAUUUAUCCACCACGACAACGAGUACAUCACAGUUCACCGCGUCCACCCUCAUACAAGGAAAGGAUACUUCCUCAUAGCUCACACGGCCUUCCCAGGAUAUGGUGACGGCAAUGGCGGAUUCCCUCCGGUCCAUCUCCCCGGUACCCAAGCCAAGCUUAUGGGUAGCUGGAUGCUUGAUGUUGAGGACAGCGCAGAGGUGAAGGCGCGAACUGAGAAAGACAAGAAAAAGCUGAAGGGUCUUCCUAGCCGCACGAAGGACAUCCAGGGCAUGAAGGUGGAGGCUUCGGGGGACAACACCACGAUCACCGUUCCUGAUAUAUUCCCACCCGGCAGUAUCGCGCUGUUUGAGACCUGGAUCCCAAGCUGCGAACGUUCCGAUGGCCUCGAUAAAUUCGUCACGACUGGAGCCCGCGAGGCGUUCAAAGACUGCAACCUUGUUGAUCUCAACAUGGUUCUGUACCGUUGUGAUCCCGAAGAACGCGAUUCGAGCCAGGGCAAAGACGGAGUUUAUGCCAUCCCCGGUCAUGGCUCGCUUGUCUACGCAGGUCUUCAGGGCUGGUGGAGUGUUCUGCGGGACGUCGUACACGAUAACAACCUAGGACAUCCCAUCUGCAACCAUCUGAGGGAUGGUCAGUGGGCACUUGACUAUUGCGUCGGCCGCCUCGAGCGUAUGGCCAAUGAUUCUGGUUAUGAGAAUCUCCGUGGACCUGCAGCCUGGCUGAAGGAACGAUUCGAUGCCAUUCGCCAAAUUCCGAACUUCCUGCUUCCACGCUAUUUUGCCAUGGUCAUCCAAACUGCCUACAACGCGGCGGUUGAUCAAGCGAUUCAGCUGCUGAACGAGAACGUCCGCGGCGGUCAGAAAUUCCUUAAGAGCUUGGCUCUUGUGAGCAUCCAGAUGACUGGCUACAUGAGCAAUGCCUCCUUGUGGCCAGUGAAGAGCGUUCCAAGUAUGGCCGCUGGUCUGCCGCACUUUUCCAACGAUUGGGCUAGAUGCUGGGGUCGCGAUAUUUUCAUCUCGCUCCGAGGCUUGUACCUGGGUACCGGUCGCUACAAGGAUGCAAAGGAACACAUUUUGGCAUUCGCCAGCGUUGUCAAGCAUGGUAUGAUCCCCAACCUCCUCGGCAGCGGAAAGUUGCCUCGGUACAACUCCCGCGAUUCGGUUUGGUUCUUCCUCCAGAACAUCCAGGACUACACGAAGAUUGUGCCUGAGGGCUUGGGACUUCUCGCAGAGAGCACAAAGCGCCGCUUCCUUCCUUACGAUGACGAGUGGUUCCCUCACGACGACUCCCGGUCAUUUUCCAAGUCAUCCACGAUCGAAGACGUGAUCCAAGAGUGCCUGCAGAGGCACGCUUCGGGAAUGUCCUUCCGCGAGUACAACGCAGGCCCCAACCUUGACAGCCAGAUGAAGUGGGAAGGCUUCCAAAUUGAUAUCCAUCCGGACUGGAACAACGGCUUGAUCUUCGGUGGCAACCAGUUCAACUGUGGUACCUGGAUGGAUAAGAUGGGCGAGAGCGAAAAGGCUGGCAGCAAGGGCGUACCAGGCACUCCUCGCGAUGGUGCCGCUAUCGAAAUUACCGGCAUGCUGUACAGCACCCUCAAGUGGGUAGACGAGCUCAACAAGGCCGGCAAAUACAAAUACGACGGAGUGGACAUUGAAGGAGGCCAACACCUUACCUUUGCCGAGUGGGCAGCGAAGAUCAAGGACAACUUCGAACGGGUCUACUACGUUCCCCAAAAUGCCGAGGAAGACAAGAACUACGAUGUCAACUCUGCCAUCGUCAACCGUCGCGGCAUCUACAAGGACCUCUACCGCUCAGGCAAGGAGUAUGAGGACUACCAACUCCGGCCUAACUUCACCAUUGCCAUGACGGUCGCCCCCGAUCUGUUCGACCCCGAGAAGGCCCUGAACGCUCUGUACUUGGCUGACACAGCCCUCCGGGGACCAACGGGUAUGGCUACGCUUGACCCGUCUGAUCUCAAUUACCGCCCCAACUACAACAACGCCGAGGAUUCUACCGACUUCCACACGUCUAAGGGCCGCAACUACCACCAGGGACCCGAAUGGUUGUGGCCGACUGGAUUCUUCCUCCGUGCUCUGCUUCGUUUUGACUUGACGAGGCGCAAGACUCCUGAGGAGCGGGUGGAGAGUUACCAGCAGGUUACGCGCCGUCUGCAUGGCUGCAUGGAGGCCAUCAAAUCGAGUCCUUGGGCUGGUUUGACCGAGCUUACGAACCAAGCGGGAUCUUUCUGCGGCGAUUCGUCACCCACGCAGGCCUGGUCGGCUGGUUGCCUGAUCGAUCUGUACCAAGAUGCGAAAGAAUUCUCGGCGGAGCACCCGGUGGCGGCUUAGUGGGCCGUACGAUUGACUGGAUGGUGGUCGGAUGUCCGAGACUCCAUUAGUUCAUGACGCAUGACGUAGACUGAUAGAAUACGAUUCUCCUAUUUUCUACCUAGCUACUUGCUCCAACUUCCGAAGCGUGAGGCGGUUGAUUUAGAAUCUGGAGCAAAACUCGGUGAAGAGUCGGCGAUGGUGCAUAAGCCACGAGGCUACGUCAAGCCUGACGAAGGCGAAAUGAAGCUGCGAUGGCAUGGCUGAAGUAGUCGAGAUUUGAACGGCAAAGACAAACAAGGU